CCCUGACGCACAGUCGCCCGGCCCCGCACGCACGGCGAGCCGCGUCGCACGAUCCGGUUCCCGCGUCCGCUAAAACGGUCCAGACAGGUCCAGGCGGUACAGGCGGUCAAGGCGGUCCAGACAGUUCCCGGCGGCGGCAGCAUGGUGCGAAACAGCACGCGGCUGAUCGAGCUGGUGCGCGCCAACCCGUGCCUGUACGACCGCGCGCACCCGCUCUACCUGAACGUGGCGCACAAGCGCGAGCUGUGGGACGGCAUCGGGCGCGCGCUCGACGUGCCGCCCGGCAAGUGCAAGACGCGCUGGAACAACAUGCGCGACUCCUACCGCAAGGCCGCGCUCAAGAACACGAGGAGCUACAAGUACUCGCGCCACCUGAGCUUCCUCAACCGCUUCCUGCGCACGGAGGUGCCGCUCGACGCCGGCGACGAAGAGGCGCCCGCCGGCGACGACGACGGCGACUGGGACGACGGCAGCUCCGGCUGGGGCGACGUGAAGGCCGAGCCGGCCGGCGCGCCGCCCUCGCCCGAGUACCGCGACGUGAGCGGCUACUACGUGCCGGAGCCCGCGCCCCCCGCGCCGCCCGCACCCUGCCUCGACCCCGUCGACGCCUUCCUGGCCGGCGUGGCGCCCGUGCUCAAGGCGCUCGGCCCGCUCGAGCUCAGCCGCGCCAAGAUGGAGAUCUACCAGGUGGUGCACAAGUACGAGCUGCGCGCGCUGCAGGCGGCCGGCGAGGGGGCGGCGGGGGCGCCGCACAACGGGGGGGACGCGCCCCGGUAGACCCCUCCACACUCCCCCCGGCCCGAACUGUCAAGUACAAGUUGUUAAAAGUCAGGCAUAACAAACAUGUAAAAGCUACGAGCAGCCACAAGUUUGUUAUGACUUAUGCCUGACGUGUAAAUA